GGGGAAAGCUACAGGCUGAGAUCGAGAUUCUGAAUAUACGUGGCACUGGACAAAUAGAUUGUCCUUUUAGUCAGGAUAAGGCUACUUGGUACAUCUUCAUUAAUGGAAAUAAUCUACUACCACUCUAUCUCCCGCUUCUGUUGCCUUUUAUCUCAUUAAGUACAGAACUACAUGGGCCACACGGCAGUGGUACCAAUAUGCUAUCGACUGCGUUGUCAAGACCAAGUCCCUUCAAUGUUAAAAGGUGUCAAUAAGAACGAGGGACUUCCUCGGAGAUUUAUUGCCAAUCGUGUUGCACUGGACUGUGAUGGUUUGGCACCACGGAAUUCUUGUAGAUGGAUGGAUAUUUUGAAAGAGCUGAAGCAUAGGGGAAACUCUACUCCUUUACACACUAGAAGUAUACCAUCCACCCAUCAUAAUAUGCAAAAGGCUUCAUGCAUUUCAAGUUCCAGCUCGGAUGGUUCUUUGGACACGAAACAAAAAACAGAACUUUGUUCUACAGAAAAGCAGUUGGGAUCGCUGGAUUCUUAUUUCAGGAAACUAAGUAAUAAUGUCAAUGAGCUUAAGUUAUUCAACAGCACAACAGAGUUACCUGACAGAACCUGGAAAUCUAGCGCAGAAAAGGAUUUAGCAAUUUUAAAUGAUUUUCUUGGAAAAUUGAACGAUGGACGAGCAGAACUUCUUGGAUCAUCCAAAGCUGAAGAAGGGCUGGAGUCUUUAGAUGGCUACCUUGGCAAAGUUAAUAAAGAUGCAAACUUGAUAGUAUACAUUGCAUCUACAUCAGAUGCUGAAAUUACAGAAACAACUAGUCAUACUUUGAAGCAAGAUUCAGUGAAUGAAACGAAGAAACUGAAAAAAUAUCUGUGGUUGGUGAAUAGGGGUGGUCCUGAAAGUUCACAUAAUGACACCUCCAGUCUUUAUCUAAUAGGCAUUUUGUCUUCCAUAAACAUUGCAGUUUUCUUAUUUGAAAUAGCCACUCCAGUUAGAACCUCGGAUUUGGGACUCUUCUCACUCCCAUCACUAUAUGGAGCAAAGAUUAAUGAUUUAAUAUUGAUUGGGGAAUGGUGGAGGCUAGUGACACCAAUGUUUCUGCAUUGGGGAAUCCACCACAUUGCGCUUAGCUGUUGGAUGCUGUUUACAUUUGGACCUCAAGUUUGUAGAACAUAUGGUUCAUUCACUUUUAUCUUGUUAUAUGUACUUGGAGGACUUUCUGGCAAUUUUACUAGCUUUUAUCACAUGGCAGACCCAACUGUCGGUGGGACGGGACCAGUUUUCGCCAUUCUUGGGGCUUGGUUUAUUUGCCAACUUCUAAACCAAGAUGCACUCAGUAAGGAUAACUCUCAAAGUAUGAUUCAGAAGGCAAUAAUUGCUACUGCGCUCAGCUGCAUUUUGAGCAACUUUGGACCAAUUGAUGACUGGACACAUAUGGGAGCAGCAUUUACGGGCAUAGCAUAUGGGUAUCUAACUUGUCCAAUUCUGCAAAUGAAAAACACGUCUUCGGAAAAUGGUGAAGAUGGAAUUGCAGUUGUCAGAAGAAACGUUGGUCCUUGCAGAUCCCUUCUCUUUUUCUCUCUUUUCAUUCUGGUUUUAUGCAGUUUACUUUUAGUAGUUGAGCCUCCACCAAGCUCAGUGGCCUUUCUAUAGAUAUCUAAAGAUUGUCAAAUGUAUUAUAUUCCAUCAGCUCUCCUAGACUCCUAGUACAAACAUGUCAGCCAGUUGUAAAGUUUUCCAAUAAGAAUAAAGAGAAGAAUAAUGCUGUUUCAGAGCUAAA